GUCCAUACUCCUCAGUCCGCAGCACACCACACCGCGCGUUCAGUCGCCAGUCGCCACACUCGCGUUGGUCUGUGAGCGUCGACACGUGCCGUUGCUUUGUAAUCACCGUGUGAGAUAAGCCGCCAAGAUUCGGGUGAAGAACCGUGAUCCGGUGCCGGCGUACGCCAUGGCCGACGCCGACAGAGACUCGGACCUUGGAGACGACAGUCCCAUGGGACGGAUCUUGAUGGCAACCGUGUGUGGUCUUACAGACGGCGUCUCAAUAAAACGAUCUAUGUCGGCGCGAUCUGAAGGGGACUCGUCAGGAGAGCAGUCCUGUGAGAGUUCUGAUGAAGGCGUGGGAAGGGAUGCGCCCCAUCAGCAAAUACACCAGCCCCUGCACCACAACCUCACCCACACCAUCAACCAGCAACACCAGAUAAACCAUCACCAAAGAAACUCACCGCGACCCAUGGAGCGAGAGUUGAAGGUCCGCGACGACUUCGAGUCUUUGAAGACUUCGCUGCAUCCGCAUCUGUCAUCGUUGGCGUCUUUAGCUCAGGGCACUCCCCUCACCACCGCUGGUAGUGUUUUCGCACUCGCUGGCGGCGAUCAGGGUUCCUUCCGCCCAGGGAACUUCCCCUACGCCCCCCCCGCUUUCUUAGCCCCCGCGCCCCCUCCCCCCGCACAGCCAGUGGGUUCCGCAUCAUCAUCAUCGUCCGAAGGAAGCGCGGCUGGCUGGAGUUUCGAAGAACAAUAUAAGCAGGUCCGUCAGCUGUACGAGAUCAGCGACGACCCUCAGAGGAAGGAGUUCCUCGAUGACUUGUUCUCAUUCAUGCAGAAACGUGGCACUCCUAUCAAUAGACUGCCGAUCAUGGCCAAGUCUGUUCUUGAUCUCUACGAGCUGUACAACUUGGUGAUCGCUCGCGGCGGUCUCGUGGAGGUCAUCAACAAGAAGCUCUGGCAAGAGAUCAUCAAGGGUCUGCGACUUCCAUCGUCCAUCACCUCAGCCGCCUUCACUUUACGCACACAGUAUAUGAAGUAUCUGUAUGAUUAUGAGUGCGAGAAAAAGAAUCUGUCAACACGGAGCGAGUUGGACGCAGCUAUAGAAGGCAACAAGAGAGAGGGACGCCGCGCCUCGGGACAGUACGAUGCCCAGGCAGCUUUAGCUAUGCCUCCUCUCAAUAGAGUUCCAGCAUCUUUAGCCCAGUUGUCUCAGCACAUGCAGCCGUUGUCUCUGUCUCUCGGCGGCGGGGUCGCGGGGGUCCCCCGGCUGCCGCCUCUCCCCCCUCACGCCCCCCACAUAUCGCAGCACGACAUAGAGUACCGCGUGAGAGAGUACAUGAAGAUGAUACAACAACAGCGCGAGCUGAUCAGGAACGGUAUGUACUGGUCGGAGUCCCCCCCGGGCGCUCCGAUGGUGUCUCCUCGUGACGCGGCCCUGUCCGCUAUCGACGUGUCCCGCCUCACUCUGUGGUCGCUCUACAACAACAACAACAACAGCCCGCAACCGGAGAUAGAACCACAGCGCGAGGCGUUGAAUCUCAGCGAGAGUCCCACCGGCAUAAGUAUCAAGCGCGAGGCCUGCCGCAGCCCCCCUCCCCCCGCCAAGCGCCGCACCCCGCGGCCCCCCUCCCGCAGCCCCCCGCCCGCCGCGGCCUCCACCACCCCCCAACCCUCACCCACCACCCCGCCGCGGUACAACGCCGUCAACGGAGCCGCCUUCAAGAUAACCACCAGAGGCGACGCGUCCACCGGCGACCAGCAGCUGGUGGUCUCCAUCGAGCUGAACGGCGUCACAUACGAGGGCGUGCUGUUCCCGUCGCAGAACGGCAGCGGUCAGAACGGCCACCGGCAGAUGGUGUCUUAGACGGGGCCGCGUCGCCGCGCCGGCCGAUUGGUUCUCUCGGUACUUUUUUCUAUAUCAGACCAGAGACGCGCAUUUUUCGAAGCCAUCAGAUCAUCAUGAAAUGUUUUAUAUGAUAUACAGGAUGUAGAAAAAACACCGAUCGAGACGCGAGUCUUUAAUCGGCAACCUAACAGGGACGGGCCGUUGGUUUCGCUCCCAACGUCUAUGGUGUUACGGUUCUCGCCCCCCCCUGCGCCCCGCGGGAGGGGGGGGGGGCAACAAGUGUCAAAUGACAAUUAUCUUUUGUAAAUAUAGUUUCGGAUGUUAUUUAUAAUUUCGGUGCGUGUAUGUUUGUUUGUUUGUUAGUAAUUAUUACUUUUUUUUUAUAUAUUUCUUUGCCGAUGUACAUUAUUGUAAAUAGCUCGCUCGAGCACGUAUGGUCGCUUGAAGUGUAUAUUUGGAGGACAGUAUUCGUAGUAUUUAUAGGUAACUGGUUCUCGUGUAAUUUUCAGUUAAAUAAAUAACUGUAGGAAUUCUUUAAACGGAUUUCGAAGCGAUGUUAUCUCGUAUACAUUUUUUAUAUUUAAAUUGUGCGGCGAGCUUGAACGAUUCGAACCUACACCACUAGCCGGAGCUCUCUGCGCAGUUUAAACUUAGUUAUGGAAGAAAAAAUAUAUCUGAUAUGUACUAUAAGAUGAGCACACUACUUAGUACAUCGUGGUGAGCUUCGUGUAAUGUUAAACUUUACGCCAUUUCCUUACCGUAGGCCGUAGCUGUGUAGUUAGUGUGAGAUUCAGUCGAAUAAACGAAUGUCUUACUGUCUGUAUUGUUUUUUUAUUAAGACUAAGAUAAAAUACGUCAUCCGUCAGCCGCCGUACGGCGCGCGGUCGCUGGAUGAGGCACGCUCGUGUUAGUGCAAUAAUCGAUAUCAAGUCUCCAAUGAAUAUAAUCGCUGUUUGUGUUGAACGUGUAGUGGUCUAGUAUAAAAUAUAUGAGAUGCUUUGUAAAUGACUGAUUUUUAAAAUAUUUUUUUUUUUUUAAAUAUUAAUUUAAUGUUUAUAAUAAUUUUUAAAAAGUAAUUUAAUGUUAAAAUUCGUAUAGAUUCAUGAUUGUUCUAUGCUAAGUAGCGGUAGUAGAGUACAUUCCCGUCGAUGUACGUUAUGUAGAGAAUACAACCGGCCUACCAUUAAGUAGCGGCCGGAAGGCAUUAACGAUUUUCGUCUUACACCAAAAAAAAAAAAAUUGAUGUAUUCAAAUAAUAUACACGAAUAAAUAAUUAUUAUGACAUAUGA